CUUAUGAAAAACACCAAAAACCAAUAAAAACUCCCAAACUUUCUAUCUUCUCGCUCACUUCACUUCAUGUAAGUCCAAAAAUAAACCACAAAAUCACUCCCACCAAACACUAAAAUCACUCCUACCAAAUUUCCCACCUCUAAUAAUCAUUUCAUAAAAUGGCUUCCUUAUCCCUCCUCUCCCCUUCCUCCACCACCGCCGCCUCCUCCACCUCCUCCCUCUCCUCCCUCCACCACAAUGCCACCACCUUCCCCCUCAACCCCCGCUCCCUCAACCUCCGCACCCGACCCACAAAAACCUUCUCCAUCAAAUCCCAAUCCGCCCCCGUCCUCACCCAAGACGACCUCAAGAAACUCGCCGCCGACAAAGCCGUCGAAUACGUAAAAUCCGGCAUGAUUCUCGGCCUCGGAACCGGCUCCACCGCCGCCUUCGUCGUCGCCAAAAUCGGCGAGCUUCUAAAAUCCGGCGAACUAAAAAACAUCAUCGGAAUCCCCACUUCAAAACGCACCGAAGAACAAGCAUUAUCACUCGGUAUCCCACUUUCAAUCCUCGACGACCACCCACAGCUCGACCUCGCCAUCGACGGCGCCGAUGAAGUCGACCCAGAUCUCAAUCUAGUAAAAGGCCGCGGCGGCGCUCUUUUGCGAGAAAAAAUGGUGGAAGCCGCCAGUGAUAAAUUCGUGGUCGUCGCCGACGAGACGAAAUUAGUCGACGGUCUCGGCGGUAGUAAGCUUGCAAUGCCGGUUGAAGUGGUUCAAUUUUGCUGGAAGUAUAAUUUAAUUAGGUUAAAAGAAUUGUUUAAAGAUGAAGGGGUUGAUGCUAAGUUAAGAUUAAAUGAUGAUGGGAAACCUUAUGUGACUGAUAAUUACAAUUACAUUGUUGAUUUGUAUUUUGAAAAUCCGAUUAAGGAUAGUUAUGGCGCGGGUAAAGAAAUUUCGAGCUUUGAAGGCGUUGUUGAACACGGGUUGUUUUUGGAUAUGGCGACGGCUGUUAUUAUUGCUGGCAAAACUGGGAUUGAUAUUAAGACCAAGUGAGGAUUGUUUAUGCAGUAAUAGAAGAUGUUUACCAUAAUUCAGAUAGAAGGUUUGAGAAAGAUGGUUCAGGGCGCAUUGCGCACUACUGUACAAAUUGUUAUACUCAUUACUGGCAAACAACGGGUUUAAGUAAAUGAGGGCUUCAGAUAUUUUAGGGAAAACAUUUUAGGAGAAAAGUGGGGAAAUUUCCGAGUGCUCUUGGUGAUAAUACUUAGAACAGUAUUCAGGUGGUUGAUUUUCUGCAUUGUUAUUUGGCUUGAGUUAUACUUAUAUGUAAGCAAAUGUUUAAGUAAUAGUUGGCGGUUUAAGUUUAGCUUAAA